GCCUUCUCAGGAGGGCUAGUGAAGGACUGAUGGGGGACAGGAGGUAGUUCUGUUACCAGAAAAAGUACUGCCAACUCAAAUUUUCCACUUAUAGUCAGGCCCUCCAUGACACCAUAAAAAUGAAUGCAAGAACGGACCACAGAAUGACAAUAUAUAAACCCUGUAAAAGGGGGCUGACGGUAGACAAUUUCUGCUCUGCCUUGAAACAGAAGCCACAGCGAUGAAGUUUCACACCACAGCAAUCCUGCUCCUCUUCUGGCUUGGUGUCUUCACUGUGCAUAAAAUCAAAGGGAGUGCUAGCAGUCAGCCCAUGCGCAAAUUCAGGUGUGUAAAUCUGUCUACAAAGCAGCUGAACAUCCGAAAUCUUGCGAGCUAUGAAAAACAACAAGUACCAACAGAUGCCAUCAUGUUCAUCACUGCAGGAGGCAUCAGAAUCUGUGUAAGUCCUAAUCAGAAAUGGGUUCAGGCUGCUAUAAAGAGAAUAGAUGAAAGACGUGCUGCCAAACGCAAAUAGUCCAAGCAUCAAAGGCCAACCAGCUGGAAUCAUCAUCAGUGCUGCAAGAAACAAGGAUGAAAACCUUACUAUCUGCUUUUAUAUCCUAUUUAUUAAGUGGCAAUAAAAUCUUGGAACAAACACAAAUUCACCAGAA